AUGACUACAAGUAAACCGGAAGAAGUUAGUACUAUAAUUGAAGAAAUUAAUGAAGAGAAGGAGAAUGAAGAGGAGAUGGAAGAAAUUAAUGAAAAACUGGAGGAAAAGGAGGAGUGGAAGAAGGAAAUUAACGAAUAUAAAGGAAAGGAGGAAAAUGAGAGUAAAAAUGAAAAGCAAGAUAUCUCGAAGGAUGAAUUCAUGAACUCAUAAACUUUCAUUGGAUAAACAUUCACUUUAUGCA